GUGCCCAGCCAGAACACGCAGGCGCUCUCGGGCACGGCCGCCCCCGUGGUAACCUGGGACCGGUAGGGGAAAUGCCCUCGGCGGUUUGCUUCGCUCUGUAGAGGAGCGAUGGGGAGGCGUUGGGCCUGGCCUGAGAUAGGAGGGCGCCCAGCUGUCGCCGCUAGUGCCUGAGCCGUGAUGCUCGCGUGGGCCCUGCUCUCCGCGGUGCUCUGGUCUCUCGCAGGAGUUGGAUCGCAACGUUCUUCCUUAUUCAGUAACAAAGGCUUUGUUUACGGAAUGGUAGGGCACCCAGUAAAAAUAUAUAUAAAGUUACAUCAGACUAGCCCUGUCCUUAUUUGUAUGGAUAUUGAUCGUGCUAAUAAAGAAACGGUGGACCCCACCUACUUAUGGAUUGGGCCAAAUGGAAGCACAUUAGCAGUGAAUAGCCAAAUAAAUAUAACAAACACAGGAGAACUGGUACUGAAGAAUUUUAUGGAGUCAUUAUCUGGACGUUACUCAUGUACUCUUUCCUAUAAGACUAUCAAAGCAGAAACCCAAGAAGAAACUACAAUAAAGAAGAAAUAUGACUUUCUGGUCUUCGCCUAUCGGGAGCCUGAUUAUUCUUAUCACAUGGCUGUGCGUUUUACCACAAAUUCUUGUGUAGGAAGAUAUAAUGACCUGCUCUUUAGAGUGCUGAAGAAAAUCUUGGAUAACUUAAUCUCGGAUUUGUUGUGCCAUGUCAUAGAGCCAUCAUACAAGUGCCAUUUUGUUAAAAUUCCGGACAGGGACUUCGUGUAUGAGCUAUUCAUAGCCUUUCAAGUGAAUCCUUUCGCACCGGGUUGGAAAAGUAUGUGCAACCACUCUGCCGACUGUGAAGACAUCACCAAUCACAAUAUCCUUAAGGCAAGAGAUCGGUUAGAAGAGUUCUUCCGGAGCCAAGCAGACAUUCUGCACCAUCACGUCAACAGAACCAUCCCAGCCAUGCACUUCAUCGACCACAGUUUCCAAGUGAUACGGAUAGACAACUGCCGGCCAGGCUUUGGGAAAAAUGAGGCUCUCCACAGCAACUGUGCCAGCUGUUGCGUGGUCUGUAGUCCUGGAACGUUCAGUCCCGAUGUGGAUGUCACCUGUCAGAUCUGUGUUUCUGUCCAUGUCUAUGGAGCUAAAGCUUGCCCAUAAACUUCCAGAGCAGAGGUGAAAGCAUGGUUGUUUGCCUCUGAAGGUGGGGGCAAAGAUCUGCUCAUGUCGGAGAGCAUCAUAGAUACCUCCGUAAACUACGAUCAGUAAGAGCAAAGCUUUGCAAGUGCGCACUCCAGAAUCCACAGCGGAAAGUAGCUGACGUGGAACAAAAAGUAGUUUCUGAGAAGGCAUUUAACUCAGUACUUCGGGUGUACGAGGGGAAGUUCAAGUGUUAGUGGAUGCUUUAAAUGAGUAUAUUCUGUUUUCUACAAACUGAAACAUGCUUUGUACCUGAUAUUAAGGUCAAAAAGAGUAGCCAAGUAUAAUAUAAUAAAACAUUUUCUAUUUUCC